AUGGCCAGAGCAAUGCUAGAUGAUUUUGUCAAUGCGUCCAAAACAGCACUUGAGACGAGAUUCUUGCCAGCAAGCCUCUCACAAGACAUCUCAACAUCUUCACCGCCGCCCCCUACCCCCAUCCUCCUCCUCACUAAAUUCCUCCAACUCAAACUCCCCCACGCCCCUCGCCACCUCUUCGUCCUCAACCCUCUUCCACCCCUUGCCCCCCUCAUCCGCCGGAUUCUUGUACGGCUCCGCACACCCCCUACUCCCCAAACCCGGAUAAUACCUGCGAUAGGUCGCAUGCGCAACGCCCAGCCCCAACAAACUACCCACACUAACAUCCCACACAUCAUGUCUAUAAUCCUCACACCUGGAUAUCGCAAUCAGUGCCGCGCCCAGCAGCGGCGCCAAUGCCACCAGCACGCGCGCGAGGUCAGCCCGGGGCCGGUAAACAUGGCACUGCCCCGCGAUCCACAGACUCAGGUAUCCGAGGCCGGCGAAACUGAAGCUGGAGUGCCCGCUGGGGAAGCUGCGCCACCCGUCGUGCAGCACGUGGUGGUUCGUCUCGGUGCAGACUUCCCAGGUAACAAGGGUGUGGGCGGGCGUGCCGGGGGCGGGUUUGCAGCGCGCGAUGAGGUCGGGGCGAGGGCGGCCGACGGCGUUUUUGAUCACGUCGGUUAUGAAGAGGGUCAGGAGCAUGGAGACGAGCCAGCCGAGGAGGGUGACGUGCGCUUUGUGCGGCGAGGGGCGCAGGAGGAGGGCCCAGAGGAUGAGGGUGGUGAGGGGGAGGGCGCCGGCGUAGAUGAAGAGCCAUACUGUGUUUGA